GAUGAAUACCUGGCUGCUGCUGGUGAUACAAAUUUGGGAUAGUUGUGAUGCUCAAACAAAGUCAGCUUUUCCUCAUGUUGUUCCAAACACUUCUCAGCACUAUGAAUACAGCACAGUGUCUUUUGACUGCAAGGAGUUUGAUGUGUCUCUUGGAUGGAAACUAAUGAGGAAAGCAACAGAUGUUGAUACAGCGUGUGGGACUAGCUGGGGAGUUUUCAGUGGGUCCAUUUGCAUCUUCAGAAAUGUUUAUAUUGAAGACAGCGGACAGUACUGGUGUGAGAGCGGAGAUGGAAAGAAAAGCAGCCCUGUCAACAUCACCAUUUCACCUGGUCCUGUGAUCCUGGAAAGUCCUUUAAUUCCUGCGGUGCAGGGAAACACUGUGAGUCUGCGCUGUAAAAACAGCACAGAUUUCACCAAAACCUCCACUUCCAUAUCCUUCUAUAAAAAUGGCAUCUUUAUCAAGAGCAUCUCCACCAGCACUUUGAUCAUCCGCAAUAUCAACAAGUCUCAUGAAGGACUCUACAAGUGCAGCAUCUCAGGAGCUGGAGAAUCACCUGAAAGCUGGCUGGCUGUCAGAAGCAGAGACAACACAGGUGAGAGCACACAUUACUAGUAUACAGAAGUGUGUGUGUGUGUGUGUGUGCGUUGGUGGUGUAAUGUAUUUUGAGAUGUGUUUCAGGUCACAUACUUUUCAGGCUGUUAGAGGCCUACACUUCAUAUAAAAUAUGGACAUAUAUUAAUCCCCCACUAAACGUUGGAACUCAGUUUGGUAGACAAAGAGACAAAUAAUUACUUCUUCAAAAUGAGAGACAAAAGCUUCCAACCAACAUUGGAGGG